ACUUCCUGUUUGUAAUCAACUUCCGGUUCGAUAAAAUAUUUAAAAAUACUCACGUUUUAGACCGUUUUUCAUUAACUAGACAUCGUACAGAAUGCCCAAAGUUAAACGAAGUAAAAAACCUCCCCCAGAAGGAUGGGAGUUAAUAGAACCGACCAUAGAUGAACUUGAUCAAAAAUUAAGAGAAGCUGAAACAGAUCCACAUGAAGGCAAACGUAAAGUGGAGGCCAUGUGGCCAAUAUUCCGCAUACACCACCAGAAGUCACGUUAUAUAUAUGACCUCUUCUACCGACGGAAAGCUAUAAGUAGAGAGCUGUAUGAGUACUGUCUAAAAGAGAGAAUUGCUGAUAAAAAUCUCAUUGCAAAGUGGAAGAAACAGGGAUAUGAAAACCUUUGCUGUUUACGUUGCAUUCAGACUAGGGACACAAACUUUGCAACAAACUGUAUCUGUAGAGUACCAAAGGCCAAGUUAGAGGAGGGCAAGAUUGUUGAAUGCGUACACUGUGGAUGUCGGGGAUGCUCAGGAUAGCAAACAACAAACAAUAACAUUCAAACAAACAUUCAACAAACACCUUGUUUACAACAGUCAGAGACAUUGAGAUUAAUAAGAAUUAACUGAUGAAUGACUGCACUGUUUUGUACUCACCUACAGGUGUAAACUUGGUCUCUUAAUGACACUUUUCGGGCCACUUCCCAUCUCUCCAUUAAAGCCUACAACAUGUAUCGGAGCUUGACAUCAUUAGAAACAUGUUUCUUACAAGUUGAUCAUAACCUUUAUGUAUAGAUGAGCCUUGCAAAUGAUGAACUUGGUCUGUGAUAUCAUUGCAGUCUCUUUGUGUUGAUAUUGGAGACUUCUUCUGGCACAACCGAAACACAACAGAUUUCAAUAUUUGCUUGAAGAAUUUGAAACUUUUAACCCUAUUUUAACAAUCAAUUUAAAGUUCCAUUUUCAAUGUCAUAAUUUGACUUGUCAGUUUAAGACAAAAGAUACUGAGUGUAGAUUUGAAAAAAAGAGAAAUUGAAAUUGAUCAAACUUUGAAAUUAUACAAAAAUUCAGCAUUUGACUUGUAUUAAAAUGUAUUGUAGAUUUCACAAAAGAUAAGAUAUUCAAUAUUAAUUGAUUUUGUUCAUUAUACAUUGUAGCUCACUAAAGGUAUUAGUGACAAACUCUAAAUGAAAGGGGUGGUAUCAAUAUGGUGAACUUUUUGAACACACGUUUCUCUUAAACCAUUCAUCAAAAAUUUCUGAAAAUUUUACACAUCGUCAAUUUAAUGGUUAUCUUUUGAAUGGUAAUAAUAUGAUUUGAAAAAAUAUAUAC